AAAAUGAUAAAAACCAGGAAAGUGAAAAAUCUCAUGUUAUCUUGUGCAUUGUCAUAAAACCAUCUUGAAGAUUGCUAAAUUUGGCUCUGUACUAAGUGGAUACCUGAAGUACAACUCAAGGCAGAGACAUUAAAGCAACAGUUUUAGGAAAGGAAUAGGUCCUUUCCUCAAUGCCAAAGUUUUAAACCAAAGUUUUUAUGCUUUUCUCAAUCAUGGGUCCAUAAAUAGAUAAUGAAUAGCUUCUAUAGUGCUGCUACAUACAUUAAAAUGGCAAAUUCAGGACAACUUCUCCAGCAUAGUUUAUGGUCCAAACCGGAGUUUAGGCAUAGCCGUCAUGUCCCUCCAUUAAAGACGAACCAUGAAUCUGUUAUGAAAGUAUCACAACGAAAACUUCAAAUACGAGGCAUCAAGAGCAAACCUAACUGUUUGGUCACAUAUUCGAUGUUAAAUCCUCAAAAUGGCACGGAUAUGGGUACAUUUUCUCCAUCCGACACGAUCACGAAGUUCUAUACUAGUAUCAACAACAAGGACAUGAACCAACUAGCAUUGCUCAUAGAUAAAGAUUGUUUCUUUGAUGAUUUCUCCUACACUCGACCUUUCCGAGGGAGAAAGGAGGCUUUGAAAUUUCUGGAGCAACUAACAACAUGUAUGGGGAAGAACACAGAGUUCUGCAUUGAACACAUUUAUGAGGGAGUUGAUCUUACAACUGUGGUAAACUGGCAUUUAGAGUGGAACAAGAAACAGCUUCCUUUCACUAGAGGCUGCAGCUGCUACGAAUUAUCAAGAGAUGGAGAAGAACUAGUCAUAAGGAAAGCUCAAGUAAUCGCUGAAUCACCAAUCAAACCAGGAAGCUUAGCUUUGGAAGUGUUCCAGAAGGUCAUUUCAGUAUGUGAUGCUUUCCCUGAGACUGCUGAAUGGUUCCUCGCGAUGAGUCCCAAACUGUUACUAAGUAUAUACAAUAUACUUAUCAUUCCUAUCUGGGCCAGCAUAGGUCCAUUUUUUGCCUGGUACCACAAGUUAUGGAGAAUCAUAGUCACAAUUGUUACACUUAUCUACACGAUAUUCCUUUUCAUUGUAGAUAAGCUCCACAAGUAG